AUUAUAUAAAGUCCCUCUUUGUCUUUUCUGGGGGGUGAGCAGAGGGCCAUUUAUUGACCUUGAGAGGGGUCCCUUGCUCUGUGCGGGAGGCCAGUAGGGCACCCUGGGACCCAUGUUCCCUCCUUGCUUGGAUUUAGGUGGCCCAGAGCACUGAGGGGUUGGCCUUGGCUCCUCAGCAAGUUAGUGAUAAGCAGGAUGGAGCUGGGGACUCCCCGCCCUGGCCUGUAGUCUCUCUAUGACCCCAGGUCCUAAGCAGUCAGUGGUGGGACCCAGGCUCUGAGACCCAGCUCUGAAAAAAAGCAAUGCUGCAGGGAGUCUGGGCUGGAGGGCCUGGACCAGAGAACAGAGAGUUUAAGCAGGGAUUCCCACAGGGACUCACCCAGUGCCAGUGUCCGCUGACAGGGAAUCCCACACUUCUGCCCUGCCACAUCCUUCCUCUGAUCUCAUGGCUGAAAAGCCACACAAGAAUUCCUGCAACUCAGUGAUGCAUCUGUCCAGUACUGAGGAGCCAGUGAUACAUAGGGACAGAGGGAACUCCAUGCAUAGGGCCCAGGGGCUAAUGGCCGCCAGGACCACUACAUUGCAGAGGUCUUCCUUGCAGCAGGAGAUCUUGGAGUUCAUGAAGAUGCUUAGAAAUUUCCAUCUUGUUCUCCUUUCUCACUUUAUUUCAAAAGACAUUCACUUUCUGGGAGAUACAGACCCUGUCUGGGAAGGGGCACAAGGUCACGCUGUAGGAGUCCCUUUCCAAGACUGCCCAGCACUUGUAGCAGCACAGACCCUGAGCUCUCUCCAUGUCCAGCACGGCCACCAGCAGGGACAAAGUCUUCAUGGCAUGGAGACUACUCAUUCUAGGGUGCUGGUGCACAGACAAACCCCUGCGAAUGGGAGCAGCCCUCAGCCAACUCACCCUCCUGGGGCUCACGUGAGUCCUACAUAG